UACUGCCCCUCCAUCCCCUCUCAUUUAUAACCCAACCUCUCUGCCCUCUCUUCUUUAAUAAUUCACUCUUUUCUUCUUCUUCUUCUUCUUCACAUGAAACAUGCUCCGUCAGUUGCUAAAUCCUUGAACUGAAAUCGAGAAUCAAGAAUUCAGAUUGCUAUUUUUAUUUUUACUUUUUCUUUUUAUACAAUAACUCCACCAUGACUGCUUCCUAUUACACGCUCAUCUCUAUUUUCACCAUCCUCCUCGCUUCUCCCUUCACCGCCCUCGCUCAACCCUCCCCCGCCGAAGCACGCGACCCUUAUGGCUACGCACGUGUUACGCCCUCCAUGGCGAUUAUCAUCGUUGUCUUAAUCGCCGCUCUCUUUUUCAUGGGAUUCUUUUCUGUUUACAUCCGCCACUGCGCCAACUCCAGCAACGGAGUCAGCGUUCAAGGUUUAGCCAACGGCGGUAGAUCCCGGAGAGCUGCGGCGGCGCGUGGUUUAGACGCAGCCGUGAUUGAGACCUUUCCUACUCUGGUAUACUCAGAAGUAAAAGGGCUUAAGAUAGGGAAAGGAGCGUUAGAGUGUGCAGUUUGUUUAUGUGAAUUCGAAGAUGAUGAAACUCUGCGUUUGUUGCCUAAAUGCGAUCAUGUUUUUCAUCCUGAUUGUAUUGAUGCCUGGUUAGCUUCUCACACCACUUGUCCUGUUUGUCGAUCUAAUUUAACUCCCCAACCCGUUGACCCACCCACCCAAACCACCGAGUCAUUGCCCGACUCAUCAUCGGACCUUGAAGCUCAAAACGAAGCCGUCGUAGAAUUAGAACCUCAACCAGAAGUUUGUGAAAAUGCUCAAGUUGCUGUAGCGCCAGAGCCAGAAGUCAUGAGUGUAAACCAAACUCUGAAUAGGAACCGUACACGUGGAUCCAGAUCCGGCAGGCCAAGUAAGUUCCCGCGUUCACACUCUACUGGCCAUUCUUUGAUUCAACCGGGUGAGAACACUGACCGGUUCACUUUGAGAUUACCUGUUGAGGUUAGGAAACAAAUAAUGAACCGGGAAUUGAACCGGACUAUGAGCAUGGUGGUUUUUUCAAGAGAAAGGAGUUCGAAAAGAGGGUACAAAACCGGCGGCGGCGAAGGGAGUAGCAGAGGGAAGUAUAAACGACUUGAGCGGUUGGACCAAGGAGCAAAAUCGGACCGGUUGGUUUAUAAUAGAACGCCAUCGUUCUUAGCCAGAGCUUCAUCGUUUUUGACGAGAGCUUCAUCCUCUGUUCGGUCCCCAAGAGUGGCUGCCAGUGAUGGGGAAGGGACUUCAACUGGACCGUCUGGACCACACGCGGUUCAAUCAAACCGCCCUCCAGUUUAAUGAUUAAUUACUGUAAUUUCACGACUUAGUGCAAAGUGUUGAUAGUAUUUACAAUUUUUCCACUUUUUUUUAGAAGAGAAAAUUAUUUCAUUUUUUUAUUUUGUAAAUUUCAUGUGAUGUAUCAGAAGACAAGUUAUUGGAUAGACAUGGAAUUCUAUUUAGUGAA